AUGGCGGCGCCGGAGCUCUGGUGGCUAUGGGCAGCGCUCGCCGUCUCGAUCGUCUGCUACCUGACCAACCAACACCGCCGGGGAUCGGGCUCCGGGCGGCGGCCGCCCGGCCCGAGGCCUCUCCCGCUGAUCGGCAACCUCCUGGACCUCCGCCACGCGCCGGGCAACCUGCACCACACGCUGGCGCGCCUGGCCCGCGCGCACGGCGCCCCCGUGAUGCGCCUGGACCUGGGUCUGGUCCCGGCGGUGGUGGUUUCCUCCCGCGACGCAGCGCGGGAGGCGUUCGCGUCGCACGACCGGCGCAUCGCGGCGCGCCCCGUCCGGGACAGCAAGCGCGCGCUGGGGCUCUGCGACCGCUCCGUCCUCUCGCUGCCCAGCUCGGACCCGCUCUGGAGGCACCUGCGCGGCGUCAUGGCCGCGCACGUCCUGUCGCCGCGCAGCCUCGCGGCGUCGCGCGCGGCGCGGGAGCGGAAGGUCGGGGACCUGCUCGGGUACGUCCGGGGGCGGGCCGGGACGGUCGUGGACGUCAAGGAGGCCGUCUAUGGCGGCGUCGCAAACCUCGUCUCGACCGCGAUGUUCUCCAUCGACGUCGUCGACGUGGGCGCUGUCGCCGAGUCGCCGCCGUUGGCACAUGGGCUGCAGGAGCUCCUGGAGGGACUCAUGGAGUGUAUGGGCAAGCCUAACGUCUCCGACUUCUUCCCGUUCCUCAGGGCGCUCGACCUCCAAGGAUGUCGUCGCCGGGUAGCCAGGCACCUGCCCAAAGUCCUCCAGGUCUUGGGUGACAUCGUUGACCGCCGGUUGGUCGACGAGGCUUCUUCCUCCACGUCCGGAUCCAACAAGGGCGGCGACAAGCACGGCGACUUCCUCGACAUACUCUUGGAGCUCGAGUCGACGGGCAAGAUCACCCGCGACAACCUGACUCUGAUCCUGUUCGACAUCUUCGCCGCCGGGAGCGACACCAUGGCGCUCACCGUGGUGUGGGCGAUGGCCGAGCUGCUCCGCAACCCGGCCGUCAUGGCCAGGCUACGCGCGGAGCUCAGGGACGCCCUCGGCAGCAAGGCGGCCGUCGAGGAGGCCGACGCGGCAGGCCUGCCAUACCUCCAGGCCGUGGUGAGGGAGGCCAUGCGGCUGCACCCGGCGGCUCCCGUGCUGCUGCCGCACAAGGCCGUGGAGGACGGGGUGGAGAUCGGCGGCUACGCGGUGGCCCGGGGCUGGACGGUCAUUUUCAACUCGUGGGCGAUCAUGCGCGACCCGGCGGCGUGGGAGAGGCCCGACGAGUUCGUGCCGGAGCGGUUCCUGGGCAGGGAGCUGGACUUCCGCGGGAAGCAGCUGGAGUUCGUCCCGUUCGGUUCCGGCCGCAGGCUGUGCCCCGGCGUGCCCAUGGUAGAGCGGGUCGUGCCCCUGGUCCUGGCGUCGCUGGUGCACGCGUUCGAGUGGCAGCUGCCGGCCGGCAUGUCGGCGAACCAGGUGGACGUCAGCGACAAGUUCACCAACACCAGCGUUUUAGCCUUCCCUCUUAUCAAAGCUGUGCCUCUAAUCGUCACCUAG